GCGCGACAGGAUCGCGCGGCAUGACGUCAUUGGCAGCUGCGGCGACGCUCGGUCUUCUGCUGCUCCAGGUUUCAGGACUGGCAGCUUCCGACAAAGAUGGCGGGCGGCAGAAGGAUCCAGGGUCACGGACAGGUGACCUUGAGCUGCGCGACCUUUCUGCAGAAGACCGGCGACUGAAGGCCAAGAAGUGGGUUACCCCCUUCCAGCUCGAAAAGCUGCCGCUGGAGCAAGUCAACAGUGACAAAACGCUGCCGAACGCCGGGAGGUUCAAGAUAGCUGACGGCGUAACCGUAGCUGUGACGUCGCCGAAUUACCCAGACGAGUACGGAUCGUUCAUCUGGACCUCCUGGAAAAUAGAGCCGAGCAGCGCGGACGCCCCGCUCCGCCUCAGCUGCGACACCUUCGACCUGGCCCACGGCGACUACAUCGUGGUGCGCGAGUCGAAGCGGCGGCGCGUGGUGCUGGACGCCUCCGAUGGGCCGCCCGAUCUGGAGACGGGCGGGGCGCUGGUGCUGGAGCUACGCAGCGGCCGGCGCGGCCGCGGCCGGCUCCGCUGCUCCGUGCGAGCCGGCGGCGCGGCGCGGCCGACCGCCACGGAGACAGCGACGUCGACAAUCACCACGACGUCGACGCCCGUCGGCGGCACCGACUUCUGGUGGCUGACAGUCACACCCAAGCCGGUGACGGCGCCGACGAAGCCGCCUACAAAGCCGCCGACGGGAGCGCCGGCGGUGGCUCCAACGAAGCCGUCGACUGUGGCGCCGCCGGUGGCGCCUGCAGUGGCUCCAACGAAGCCGCCGACGGUGGCGCCGCUGAAGGAGUCGCUGCUGCCGCUGUUCAACAACCCGGACGGCGCCGUAAGACCCAUCUGCCUGCCGAAGCUGGCCUGCGGCGGCGGCAGCGGCGGCGCCGCCGCCUGCUUCCAGGACCGCAUCAGCGUGCUAGCCGGCUGGGGCGUGCUGCGCUCCGGAAGCAAGAAGCGCCCGCCGGUCGUCCACCACGUCAGCGUACCGGUGGUGACGAACGACGCCUGCAGCGCGAACUACGCCGCUGAUAAUGUGAAGAUCACCAGUCGCAUGCUGUGCGCCGGUCUGGCGGCAGGUGGCAAAGACACGUGUCAGGUGCGACAGCGGGGGAGAGAGGGAGCGAGAGGGAAAAGGAAGGAGGCGGAGGGAGGCUGA